AGCGAAAAAUAAUUGUUGACAAGCUUGAGCGAUACAGUAAAAUGACUAUUUUUAGACGUUUUACUCAUCAUUAUUUCCAUGUACUAUUUAUAUAUUUUACGGUUGCAAGUGAAACGAAUAAUAGUAGAAUAAUUCAGUGUUAAAAUGGGAGGUCUAGGAAAUUUUAAUUUCUUCUUAAUUGUAGUGUAUUUGUAUGUCGCUUACUGUCAGUAUAACGUUGGUAUAGUUUAUUUGGGACAUCAAGUGUGGACAGACACGGGUAACAACAGUGUCAAGAUUAUCGAAGGGGAAACUUUAGAUUUUGAGUGUACUUUUAACAUAACUAAUGUCAGUUUUACGUGGUUCAGAAACAACGUUUUAUUCACAGUUAAUGAAAGACUUCAGUUACAAAAAGUAAGUAUUGAAGACGAGGGAAACUACACGUGCGGCGUUUCUUAUGAUGAUUAUUCCCCAGAUGUUACAUACAUCGCCAAAGAUUCAGUAUAUGUCAAAGUGUUAUACCCACCAUCUGAACCUGUCAUAAAUAUCCCAGAUACUGUUUUGCUUGGAGAAGAAUUGGCACUUACGUGUUUAGUUAAGUCAGACCCGGAACCUUUGUACCAAUGGAGGCUGGGGUCAGCAGACGGUCUUCUUUUAUCAAGGAAUAAGACUUUUCGAUAUACUGUUUCUUAUGGUAGACGUAUCUUUUGCAAUGUGCAAAGUUUAAUGCUGCCGACUUUUUCAGACCCGAAAACGUCCUAUGUCAGCACGUACGUGUGGUUAAAUCAGCACGUUAAAGCUACAAUAACCGUCUUAUACCCCCGCCGAUAUGCCUACUAUGACGAAGGUGACGAUUUGUUACUAAAAUGUGACGGCCAUGGAACACCUGCUCCAAAUGUCUGGUGGAGUAAAAAUGAUGACGACAAUUUCCACGUGACAGGAUUGCAGUAUCAACGCUAUCACGUGGACAUAAGUGACACAGGAGAUUAUGUUUGUAAUUUUGCUAAUACUGUUACAGCAUCAAAUGGAACAAGAUUCAAUGUACACAGGACUGAAAUUGUACAUGUUAAAGUAAGAGCAGCUAAAACAAACGGCCAAGCAGUACAGCUAGCGUGUGAUGAUUGUUUGACAAGAUGCAUAUCAAAUUCAACCUUUGUUUCAACAGCAGGUCCUAACGUUCCGUCCACGACGUCAAGUUUUACAACGAAUAAUGGCAUUGCAAAUUCUAUAAACUGUACCCCGGAUCAAGACCAGAACUUUGAUUAUCCAGAAAAUUUCAAAUUCGAAAACGAUUCUAUUCGGCUUAUUCUUAUAAUCACGUCUGUGAUAGGAUGGGUUACGACCUUGUUUCUGAUAUUUCUAAUCAUUUAUAUGUACAAAAACAAGAAUAUAAGGCCAAACCUCGACCGUCGGAGCAGUAUAAACAGCACCGUGCAGAGUCAAAGAGAUUUUCAAACCGCCGGCGUAAGUUCGGCAUAUGUCACAAACGUUAGAAUUUCAGACUCUCAUUACACUGACCUUACAACGUAUGACCAAAUUUCAUCCUCAUCGACAAGCAGGUUUGUUCAUGAUUGGGGAGACAAUUUCAGCGAUUUGAAUGAAGCUGAAUCUGCCUCGACGCAAACUUCUGCAAAUACCUAUCUGGAACCAGUCAUUAAUCAGCUACAUGAUACAUAAAGCUGCCAAGGUCUGAUCCUGACAAUGACAAUUUUGAUUUAAAAGGAUAAAGAUACAGAGAUAAAAAAAUCCUUAAAACAUAGAAUUUAAAAUCCUUACAUAGACCAAGUGAAGCACUUAAAACAGAAAAUAUUUCAAAAGAAAAAAAGGUAUAUGUUCAAAAUUGAAUUGAAAAUCGAUACUUGUAUGUGUGUGUGUCCUUUUAAUAUUGCGAAAGUUAACAAAUAAUGGUAAUUUUAGGAAAAAAGAUAGAUAAAUGAAAAACUAAAAAAAUGAAAAAAAUAAAAAAUAAAUAAAUAAAAAUAAAUAAAUAAAUAAAUAAUAAAAACACACGCGUAGUUAUAAGCGGACUUUUAAAUAUUUGUCAAAAAUAUGAAGCGAACAAAGUUAUAUUUAUUUUAUAUCGAAUGAACUGGAUUGGUACAUGUGUUAUAUUGAAUCCCCCAAUCCCCCAUCCAGUCAAUGCAUUAUUCUUUGAAUUCGUUAAUGACCCUUAGUUUAAACAUAUUUAUUUAAGCUCGAUUGCAAAACAAGGUUUACAACUAAUAUUAAUCUCCUUCUAGUUAUCUUCCUGGAUCCGACAUGGACUGGUGCCAAAUGAAGAAACAUGGUCGUGAACCGAUUAGAGCUCGAACCCAUGAUCAUGGGUUGAGAGGCAGACACCUUAACCUCUAGGCCAUCACUCCCCUUAAUAACCUUUAUAACUAACUUGAUUAAAAUAAAAGUUUACUUUCUCGACGUUAUCUUUAUGUUCCAUUAUUGGUUCAUGGAAUAAGUAUUUUUAAUUUAUAUGACACCCGAACCAAAUGUUGUUCUGGCUAUCUUGCUAACUGAGUUUGUGUUAAAAUGGCUUAUAGCCAGAGAAAAAACCCGACAGAACCCUCACUUUGAAUGAAACAAGUGACGCUCAAUGAGUGUUCCGCACUGUAACAAUUACUAGAUUGUAAAUUACAAGUAUUUUCACGAAAAUAAAGUUUUUGAUAUACAUAUUUUAAUAAAAAUAUAACAAAUUUCUAACAUCCGGUUAAGGUUUUUUUUAUUGAAUUUCAGAUCUUUAUUCUAAAGUCAUCAUCAAAAUAUUCGCAGGUAGUCAUCAGUAACAAAAAUACUGUCUCCAUUAACCAUGAAGUAAAGGAAGGUAUUAAAUAAAUGUCAUUUGAUAUGACGUUUGAGGGUAUUUUACCUAAAAUUCCCAUCCCGCGUUAAUCUUCAUUUCAAUGAAAUUGGUUUGUCGCGUUUCACAGUUAUGCGUAUUUUUGAUUACAAGAUAAAACUUAAGCGAGACAUAUAGGGUAUGUAAGUCUCGUCAUGUGACUUGCGAGAUUUCACGAUAUUUUGCACUUCCGGGUACAAACAAAUAUCAACAACAUUGCUUAUCUAUAUUGGGUAAUACUUGUAUGCCGGUGAGAAAGUAAAACUUACAUGGAAAAGCAAAUGAUAUGUGGAAAUUGGCAGAGUUUUUUGUUUUGUAACGAAAUGCAAAUGGUUUCAUCUUGUGAACAAGUAUCAAUGAAAGACAACUUCGUAUAAUCUUCAGAUAUUUUGACUGAGGACAGUGGUGAGAUGAAAGACGUCAGUAUCCGAUGUAAAUACACAUGCAUGCUCUGCUGUAAAAUCGUUUUGGUAUGUGAUUUCAUGGUUGGAUCUUGAGUACUUGUCAUGGCUCUUGAUUUAUUUUGGAGUGUUCACCAUCAGAUUAGAAAUCAAAUACAUUGUAGUGAUACCACCAGGCAUAGUUGAAAGGAAAUGUCCAUACACAGUCUUGGAGUACAAAGUGGUAGAGACAUGGCUGUCCAUUACAGAUUUUGACUGAAUUAAAGAUUCUUAAAGCUCCAUGUCUUGUGUAAACUGUCAGACUGAAUGUUUGUAUUCUAAUAAAAACUAAGGUUGAAGACACUUCAAAGAUUAGUCAGUGUAAAAAUGUUAAACAAAAUAUCUGUCUUUGUUAGAAAUAAAUAACCUGUCUUUAUUAGAAAUAAAUAACCUGUCAUUUGUAACUUUGCAUUAACUUAAUUAUUCAAUGAUAAUUUAUCUUCUGCAAAUGGCUGCCCAAAACAGUUUCAACCAGGCAUCAUGUAGUUUCAAAACAGUUAAGAUAAAUUUGUUAUAAAUAGACUUGUAAAGUAACAGGAAUGGUAAAAAGAUAAAUGUUCAGCAUUAAAAUGUUUCUAUCUUGA